AUGUCAUCCUUUCUAAAUGACAGCUGCAGCUCCUUGCACAGCGGCACAGGAGAUCAUGUGUCGUUCUGCACAGCACUGGAGAGUGCCUUGCCUUCGCCGACUACCCCAGCAAAGCCCGGAGACGCGUUCAAUAUUGACGACUACUUGUCGUCAGACGACGACAUUGACGCCGACUCAUUCAUCACCACGCGAAAGCGUGGUUCAGCACACAGCGGCGGCCAAGAAGAAGGACUCCUCUUCAGCGAUGAAGGGUACGGCGAAGGUGGUCUGCAGUUGCCGGGCCUCUUUGAUAGCUUGUCCAACAUUCCGGACCCCGAUGCCACGUCGCCGGAGCGGUUUGGCCACAGGAAUUCCCUCAGUAAUCUCGGCGGUCGUUUACAUAGAAGGUUCUCUCUAGACCCGAGGAUUGAAGCACCAAUUUCUGCCUUUGAUGACGACGACGGUGGUUAUGUUGAGGACGAGGACGAUGGUCUCUAUGAUAUUCCCAUGCGAUCGGACCUGGCUCUCGGGCGCCGGGGCACGCGGAGGAUCUCGGCGUUGGGGACCAUGUACCAGAGCAUUGAGGAGGAAAAGGACGAGAAGGUCGACGUCCGCGCUGCCAUCCGACUUCGAAAGGAAGAUAAGGCGCGGCAGCGUGCGUUGGCUAGAUCUAGUAGAUUGCAGCAUAGAAGAGUAUCCCAGUUCGAGGGGAAGCAGGGCGGUAGUGAGUGA